UUCGUGGUACAUGGUGCAGAAGUAAGCUCGUCUGCGAAAUGUGAGCCAGUCUGAAGCGUAAGGCCUUCCUAAACAUGCCGGUCCCGGUAUUAUACAGAAGGUGUAGUCGGGAAUGGGCGACGGACAGGCGACUACGGGUGAAGGAGCCCUCUUUGUACACGGUGAAGGCUGUCCUCAUACUGGACAAUGAUGGGGAGAGACUCUAUGCAAAGUAUUACGAUGAGACGUACCCCACGGUGAAAGAACAGAAAGCUUUUGAGAAGAACAUUUUCAACAAGACCCACCGCACAGACAGUGAGAUUGCUCUGCUUGAGGGACUAACAGUGGUCUACAAGAGCAAUAUUGAUCUAUACUUUUAUGUAAUUGGGAGCUCGCAUGAGAAUGAGUUGAUGCUGAUGUCCGUUCUGAACUGCCUGUUUGACUCUCUCAGUCAAAUGUUGCGGAAAAACGUAGAGAAGAGAGCUCUUCUGGAGAAUAUGGAAGGACUUUUCCUUGCUGUCGAUGAAAUCGUGGAUGGAGGAGUGAUCUUGGAGAGUGACCCCCUACAGGUGGUGCAUCGCGUGGCCCUGAGGGGUGAUGAUGUUCCUUUGACUGAACAGACGGUCACCCAGGUGCUUCAGUCGGCAAAGGAGCAGAUCAAGUGGUCCCUUUUGCGAUAGGGCAGCUCCGGGAAAUCAGGAAAAUGUGGAAAGCGGAGGCCUUGUCCUCUGAGACCUCUCUCAAUUCCAUUUCUACUUUUGCCGUCUGUGUUGUACCUCCAAUAACUGCACUGAAUCAUCUGAUUGUUCCACCAGUCAGAAUUAUCAAGGGACCCUGUUUUUUUUUUCCCCACCUCCUUGUAUUUACACAACUCAUUCAUGCUGGAUUCAUUCUUCAUAUGUUCUUUUUAGUACCAACAUAAACAGAACGUUUAAUUGAAACUUACAUGUGAGCUACCCGGCCUUUCCCCUGACAAGUACAUACAGUCCCGAUUUAAAAACCCCUUUUUGGGUUUUUGUCUUUUGGCAGAUUUUUUUGUGAAGAAGGGAAAAAAUAUAUAAUCCUUCCUGGCAGCUUGCAGGAGGUGUGCUUCUAUGGUCCAUUGUUAAGAGUGAAUACUGGCUUUCAGAUAGUCCUCUGCAUGUCUGUAUACUCACCUCAGUCUUUGCGUUAUGUCAGUGAUACAAACCGCUAGCGGCUUUCUUUGCUGCGCGACAGCUGCCUGCUGCCCACUGACAUUGGAUAUGUGAGAACGUUUUCUGAUGCAUGUGCAUUAAGAAGGCAGUGGCAUUUAAAUACUCUGGCUGCAUUCAGAAAUACUAGCUUUUUGAUAGCACUGCCUCUUUGUUUCGUUGACGUUCUUGAACAUUUGCUGGGACAUUUUUAAACUAUUUGACUAUAAAUGACAAUGUCAUCACCUCAGCUAACACAUUACAUCUGAAAUCUGUAGGGUCUCCGGGCUUGAGUUUGGGCCCAUGAUCUGCAUUGUUAAUCAUGAGCUUUAUGCUAUUUUAAUACCAGUGUAAUGCAGGUCUGUUGGUGGUUACUGGAACGACACUGGACCAGCAUUAAGUGUUUAGAUGUGGCCCCACAAUUCAUUGAACUUACAGGGUCUUUCUGUCCAAAGUUGAAUUAUUUGUGUGAUUUAAUAAAAUGCUCUUUGCAAUGCUCUUGAUAAAUGCACUGAGAAGAAAAUUACCUGUUGAAUUUGAAUUGCUGACUGGGGAUAACUUAGGGAUGAAAUAAAACAUUUGUUCUCUGUU